GUGUUAGAUGUUCUGCAGACACCAGCACUUUUCUGCGGUUGUGUAGUAAAUCUGAUGCUUACCGGCCCGGAGUGGACAUCAAAGAAAGAGAGAGAGGGGGAAGGUAGAGAGAGGAGCAUAUUAUAUAACACUACUCCUCUGUGGUAGAUUCAGCUCCUCUGCUUGAAAUAAUUUCCCCCCCCCUCUCGCUCUCCUCCGGAUGAUGAGCGGCAGCAGCAGCAGGGCUCUGAAACGGACGCUUUUCCCAUCGACCCGAACGAGCUGCACCCCUCCUCCUCCUCCUCCUCUCCUCUCCUCCAGCUCUCUUACUGCCCGCUCCUCCCUCUCUCCCGCCCACCCAUCUUUCACUUUCUAACCCCUUCUGCUCCUUCUCUUCCUCCUCCUCCUCCUCCUCCUCUUCCUUCUCUUCUCUCCUGUCCUCUCGGCUGUGGAUGCCCUCCUCACUUACAUUAUGGACUCGGGAGGGGAAGGAGAAGAGGGCUGGAUGGAGGACCAGUGGGAGAAAUGGUUGACCCAUGACAUCAGCCUGGAUGAGUUUGAAGAUGACGACCUGUCCGAGAUUACGGAGAUCACAGACGAGUGCGGGAUGAGCCUCAACUGCAACGGCCCCGAUCUAAAGGGCCAUGUGAGGCGAGGAACCAAUAGCAUGUCGGGGAGGGCGGAACUGGGUGCUGUUGGCCAGCUCCAGGCGGAGAUGUUGCACUUGGAACUCAUCGACGGUGCUGACGGAUACCGCGGUGAGAAGGAGUCCUUGAAGGCGUCUGCCAUCACACCCCAGCCACUCACCAAGGACCAGGCAGCACCUGUUACCAUGGAUACCUACCGGCCCAAGAGACCCACAACCCUUAACCUCAUCUCGAUCGUGCCGCGUACACAGGACACAUUGAACAAUAACUCCUUUGGGAAGAAAUACAGUUGGCAGGAGAAGGUGUCGGGGUCGUCCUCUCCUCUUAAAACAGGUGAGCUCACGCCUCCUCGUGAGCACAGCUGUCUGAGCGACGAGGACAAGGUGCAGGGUGGGGGAGCGCAGACCAAAGACAGGGGGACCUCCACCGACGCCCCCUGCAGGCACAGCCACACAUCUGGACACUCGCACGGAUCCUCCACAGCGGCUGCCACGCGCUCAAAGGUUUCCGAGAAGCCCCCCGCUCCACCUCCACCGCAGAACUAUACGCCAGCUCCUCUUUACCCGGCGGGGAAGGCGGAUGGAGGUGGAAACCACCGCGAGAGGAUCCGCUACCACACGGACGUUCAUUUAGAGCCCACAGAGGAGAUCUAUCUGACUCCUGUGCAGCGCUCUGCCGACCCCCUUGAACCCUCCAACUCACAGGACCGACCUUUCCUCUCACAGCAGACCGAGCAGGGACGCAUGUCCAUCAGCUCCGACACAGAGGGCCCGCCUCCUUACCAGCCCCUCCCAGACCGGACAAACCCCUCCAUCUUUGAGGAGGACGAGGUCUACGUCCCCCCGCCUUCUUAUGCUUCCUGUGUAGAGUCCCUCAUCACGCCGCCCAGCAUGUCUCGCUCCUCCCUCGCACUGGACCUCAGCCUGAAGGGUGCGGGAACAGGGGCCGGGGUCAUGCUAAGAGGCGGGUCGUCAGUGGAGUACGUGGAUGCUACAGAUGACAGCUACUGCGGGGAGGAGGACGAGGAUGUGGACAGGAUAAUAAUGGAUGUAAAGAUGAGGAAGGGUGGAGGAAAGGGGGAUGGCGUCGGAGGCAGAGGCGCCCCUCUGAGGACUUCUAUGAGCUCGGAGGCCAGCGGGCUCUCCUAUGACUCAGUCAAAUACACGCUGGUGGUGGACGAGCACGCUCAGUUGGAACUGGUCAGCCUCCGGCAGUGUUACCAAGGCUACAGUGACGACAGUGACUCGGCUACCGUUUAUGACAACUGCGUCUCGUCUCCCUACGAGUCGGCCAUCGGGGAGGAGUACGAGGAGGAGGGGGAGGAGGAGGAGGAGGAGGAAGAGGACGAGGAGGAUGAGGAGGAGGACAGCUCUCGGAUAGGAGGAGUGAGGAGAGAGGCCACGGCGUGUCUGUCAGAGGACUCGACUCCAGAGGUGGACCUGCACUUCUCCAAGAAGUUCCUCAACGUGUUCAUGAACGGGCGUUCUCGCUCUUCCAGUGCAGAGUCCUUCGGCUUGUACUCAUGUGUCAUAAACGGAGAGGAGAGGGAUCAGAGCCACAGAGCUGUGUACAGGUUCGUCCCUCGACAUGACGAUGAGCUGGAGCUGGAGGUGGAUGAUCCGCUGCUGGUGGAGGUGCAGUCAGAGGAUUACUGGUACGAGGGCUACAACAUGCGGACCGGCGCCCGCGGCAUCUUCCCAGCUUACUACGCUAUAGAGGUGGCCAAAGACUCCGACAGCGAAAAAGAAGUGAAAAGCAGCGAGUGGAUGGACAGAUACAGGCUGAAGUUCCUGGGCUCAGUUCAAGUGCCCUUCCACAAAGGAAACGAUGUUCUGUGUGCAGCUAUGCAGAAGAUUGCCACCAACAGAAGAAUGACGGUGAAGUACAACCCGCCUUCCUCCUGCAUCCUUGAGAUCAGUGUGAAAGGCAUCAAGCUCGCAGUUCAGGAGGAUUAUUACGCCUGUGACAGAAGCAACGAGUGCAAUCACUUCUUCCAGCUAAAGAACGUCUCUUUCUGCGGAUAUCACCCCAAAAACAGCAAAUAUUUUGGUUUCAUUACAAAGCAUCCAGCAGACCAGAGAUUUGCCUGCCAUGUGUUUGUGUCUGAAGACUCCACCAAACCUUUAGCAGAGUCAGUAGGGAAAGCGUUCCAGAUUUACUACAAAGAGUUUGUGGAGUUCUCGUGCCCCACAGAGGACAUCUACCUGGAAUAACCCCACCCUGCCUUCAACCACAGCCCUGUACAGUACACUGUAUCAUAACAUAAUUCUGCAUGAAGGACAGAUAUAUCUACAGAUUCAAUUAAAAAAAAAAAGACAAACUGAAAAAAUUAACACUUCUGACAAACAAGAAAGCAAAGGACGAUAAAGUACUGGAACUGUGGUCUGCUCAGAAAGAAGAGAGAGAGAGAGAGAGAAAAAAUGAGCCAAAGGAGGAGCGUUGUGAGGAAAGAAAUUAUGCAAAAAUGGAGUCAGUGAUGAGGUGGUCCAAGGCUGCCUACGGAAAGCACAAACAUUGUAUCACCACAGCCUCGACAGCGCAAGCGAGCGAGUUAGCCUGUAGCAUCGUCUCAGAGAAUGAAACACUGAAAGUCCGUACCGGACCAAACCAGCCUGUACCUACACUUUAUUAAAAGACAAAACAGCAGCUGAGAUGUGAAAAAAUAACAACAUGAUUAGUGUGCAUUGACCUUUUAAUAUCAAAGGUCAACGCACAAGGGAGGUGUAUAUUUACUAAACAACAUCCUCACACUGAAAAUGUACACUUAGUAAAACAGAUCCAUGUAGGAACAGUGGAUUGUAUCCUAAUAGCACACCUGAUAUGAAGGUGAGAUUCUCAUUCUCAGUGGAAACAAUAACACCCUAAAACACUCCAGCUACAAGUGAUGCUCUUUGCAUUUUGGGGUCUCUUGUUGUAAAAUCUUAACAAUUUCAUCAGAUACAGCAAAAAUGUUGAAUAUUUGAGGACAAUUUUACAGGAAACAUCAGGUGUCGGUGUCCUUAAGGCUCCAAACAUAUGAUCUGUGGUAUGAGUUGUGCUCACUGCAAGCUGCUGCUCAAAGUAUUGUACAAAGAAACGGGUGCAGCAUAGGUUUGUGGCAAUAUUAAUGCAAACAAAAAGUUCCAUACAGGAGCUUUAAAGUAUAAACGUUUUGUUGAAUUGUAAAA